UUUCCUCUCACACUACCUGCUGUUUCUCCCUCAGGAUUACCCUUCCUUUGAGGCAGGAGUUGGCCUGGUUGUGGAUUACUGAACAUGCGCCUGAUUGAAAUGUCAUGUGGAGUAGCUGCCGGCUCCGAGUAGCAAUAUGACCAGACGAUGGCUCUAUAACUGAAGACUGGAAAAUGGAGCUGUGGAACUCUACAGAUCCCGAGGGAAAUGGCACCGACACCGGGCUGGGCAAAGUGGAGCAGGUCCUCGUCCCAAUUUUAGAUAUUCUGAUUCUGAUGCUAGGGGUUGGGGGACACUCUAUGGUUAUGGUGAUCCUGUGUGGGAGGAGGAGGAGGGUUGGGUCCAUUGGACAGCCUCCCCAAAACUCCAUGACUGGAACAGGGACAGAUAUCCUCCUGCUGACUCUCAGCGCCGCAGACCUGCUCUUACUGUCCAUGCUUCCCUUCCACACCGUUGCCAUAGCCAUGCAGCGGUGGCCCUUCGGAAACGUCAUGUGUCGCCUGGUGAGCUUUUUGGGAUCAGCCUGUUCCUCAGCCAGCGUCUUCACCUUGGCCACGCUGGCUGUGUCUCGCUAUCUGACUGUGGUGCACCCUACAUGGGCCUACAGCAUCCUUUCCCCCCACAGGGUGUCUAUAACUGCUGUACUACUGUGGGUCCCCGCCUGCUGUCUCGCUGCUCCCCAGCUGGUUUUUCGCUCUGUGGGAACCCCAAGUCGCACACCCGACGGCCUCACUUGCUUUACUUUCCUGUCCCAUCGAGACCAGAUGAUCUACGGAUUGAUUCACUUCCUUGUGGCCUUUUUGUUUCCACUGAUCACGAUUGCAGUGGCAUACAGCAGCAUUUACAUCUUCCUGUGGAGGAGUCAGCAAAAUGGCAGGGCCCCCCAGGUGGAACGCUACCAAAGUCAAGUGACCCAGACAUCGGCCAUGUUGGUGCUGGCUUUUACAGUGUGCUGGCUACCGUCAUAUGGACUCACCCUGGCUUUAGUAGCAGAAAACAUCUCAGGGGCCACUGGGACAUCACCACGUUAUGGCCCUUUUUCUGUGUUUGCACGCCUCAUGGCCACUUCCUCUACAGUGAUCAAUCCCAUUCUUUAUGUGCUCAUGUCCCAAAAGUUUAGGCAAGACUUACUGAGACUGUUCAAGAGAAGAGACCAACAGGCCAGUGGGGUUGUUGCUAUGGCUGCUUCCUGACAGUAUUACAACCAAAAAGCACCAGAAACUGAAAACCUGAAAGCCUGACUACUUUUCUGACUGAAGACGGAAUUAAUUAAAUGGAUGGAACUUAUUCCUUUUUAAUAUUUUUGACUCUUAACAGUCAAAGCCUGUAUUUAAGGAUCAAAGCAUUUGCCUUGGGAGCUGUUUCUCAAUGGGAACAAACUAUCCUGAAUCAUGCAUUCCUUGUAAAACAGGUUUAAGUAAAGGCACUAUGGUAAAACA